CGCGAGAGAAGCACAUUCGCAGGAGCAAGCUUGAAGUGAACGGUUGGCAUUUCAAAGGAGCUGAAAGUCCAGAAGCAGGAGGAAAAAAGAGAGAAACAGACACAAGGCUGAAAAAAAGUGAAAACGAAAGCGGAAGAAGGCAACUUAAAGCCAGAGGGGAUAAGGAACUUUGAAAGGGAACCAUAACAACCUUUUUCCAUUGGAUACAAAGAGGGCCUGACACAGUUUCCCAGAGUUUGGCCAUCUGCAGUUGACCCCUGACCCGGACUCUGAAAAAUCGAUUACCCUCUGUGUGUGUGCACAACAAGCCAAGCCGCGAGUGCAGUUCAGCGCCUUAAAGAGAGAGGAGCCACCCACUCGCGAAGGUCAGUAGCGCCAGCCCCAUUGGAUUGCCAUUCCGGAUCGGAAAGUCCCAGAAAACCACAACAACGGAGCCGUUAACCCACAACCGCCGCUGCUGCAGAGAGGGAACGAGGGUUCGAGGCGGUACGCAAUCACCGCCGAACAAAAGGAAGACAACGCCGCACCGGUAGAAUGGCCUACCUAAUCAACAUUCUCAAGUUCAAUGUAAAGUACUUAAAAAAUCAAUAACUGGACACCGAUACACCAUCCAUCCACAAAGGAGCCUCAGCCACCGCAUCCCAGCGAAAUAGUGACAAAAAAAAACAAGGGGAAACCCAUAGCUCUCUCUCUCUUUCUCUCCGUGCGCCCCGUCUCGCUUGCUCCUCUCUUGGCUUUCGUUUCUUUUUUUUGUCGCCUCCGCUCCGCUGCGCUUGGUUCUGCGCCGCUCAUUUGGACACUUGGACAUUUGGACAAUGGAAAUGGAAAAGUCUGGGAAAUUUUCAGAUUACCUCUUUGCCAAAAUGGGUCCCCCCACCUCCACCGAGCUGCCCCCGAAGACGACGGAGCGCAGCGACGCCCCCGUCGAGCUGACUGGAUACCGCAGGUGGCUAAGUGAUAACCUCAUGCUGCUGGUCACCCUCUCCGGAGUCCUACUCGGUGUGAUACUGGGACUCUCGUUGCGGCCGCUUAAUUUGCACGGGGAUUCCAUUAUGCUAAUCUCGUAUCCUGGCGAACUGUUUAUGCGUGUGCUGAAGCUCAUGAUCUUGCCGCUGGUUAUAUCCAGUCUGAUUGCCGGAUCGGCCAGUCUGAAUGCCAAAAUGAAUGGCAAGAUAGCACUGCGCACAUUGGUUUACUUCGCCAGCACCUCGUUCUUCAAUGCUGCUCUGGGAAUCGCUCUCGUACUGCUCAUCCAUCCAGGAAAUCCGGAUCUACACAAUGCCGACGAUCGGUCGACCGAUAGGCGUGCGGUGAACUUAUUGGACAGUCUGUUGGAUUUGGGCAGAAACGUAUUCCCGGACAACCUGUUCCAGGCCUCCAUUCAGCAGGCACACACCGUCUAUUUGCCCAAGCCGACCAUUCUGCAUGUCUUCAACGAGACGAUGAACGACACUUUGUCAUCCGGAGCGGAGGCGCAACGCUUGGCGGAGGAUCUGUCGGAGGAAGUGGUCCUGGUGCGGGACGUACAGUAUCGCAACGGGACCAAUACCUUGGGCAUCGUUUUCUUCUGUCUGGUUUUUGGUACUUUCCUGGGAACCAUUGGCCAGAAGGGUCAGGUGGUGGUCGACUUCUUCGCCGCCAUUUUCGAGGUGAUCAUGAAGAUGGUUACCUGCGUGAUGUGGCUCACACCGGUGGGCAUUAGCUCGGUGAUCGCUGGAAAGAUACUGAGCGUGGGCGAUUUGGGCCUGGUGAUGUCACAGCUCAUGUGGUUCAUCCUCACGGUGGCCAUCGGUGUGUUCAUCUACCAGUUCAUCGUGAUGCAGGCCAUUUAUUUCGUCUUCGUUCGCCGCAAUCCGUUCAAGUUCUACGCCGGACUCAUCCAGGCCAUGCUCACCGCCUUCGCCACGGCCUCAACCGCCGCCGCCCUGCCCAUAACAUUUCGGUGCAUGAAUGAGAAGCUGCGUGUGGAUCCGCGGAUAACGCGAUUUGUGCUGCCAAUUGGAUGCAACAUCAACAUGGACGGAACGGCCCUCUACAUCGCGGUGGCCUCCAUCUUCAUUGCCCAGAUGAGCGGCAUGGUACUGGGAUUCGGGGAGCUGCUCACUGUGCUCCUGACCUCCACGGCUGCCUCGAUGAGCUCGGCCAGUGUGCCGAGUGCUGCUCUAGUGCUCCUCCUCGUAGUGCUCACCGCCAUCGAUGCCCCAGUUCAGGAUGUCACGCUCCUCUUCGCCGUGGAUUGGUUUGUGGAUCGGAUUCGCACUACGAAUAAUAUGCUGGGCGACUGCUACACCGCUGCCGUUGUUGAGGAACUGUCGCGCAAGGAGUUGAUGGCUUUGGACGCCGCUUCCGUGAAUUAUCAGGACAUGCCCGCCAGCACCCCCAAUGGACACGGACACCUCGAGGGGGGACUUCUCGAGGGGCAGACUGAGCUGGAGACGAGCAGCAAGUGCGUGAUGACGAUGACAGACUCGGUGGUGGUGGACAUGAGUGCGGUUAUGAACAACGUGAAUUUGCAGCAGGAGCACUGCAACCGCAGGGUCUAAAAUAUAUAUCGCCUAGACUCGAGAUCCGAUUUUAGUUCGUCAGCAUCAGUUCGAUAGUCCCAGAACCAAAACUACCAUCACCACCACCAACAAAACGAUAACAAUAACAAUAACACCUAUGAUAUUCACCACCAAUAGACCGCAGUGUUCCCCUUGACAACGUUUUUGAUAUAGAAUCUUUAAGAAACAACAACAACAACCGAUUGGAUAUAUUCGAGAGACUGUCUGACGAACCCACCCGAAUUUGAAUUUAGUCCUCUUUUGGAACAGUGUCGAUAGCAAUUAAUUAGCCUGAACACUUAAUGGACUCCGCAUACGUAUAAUAUAUCGAAUAUAUUCACCUAGUAGGAACCGCUUAAGGAUAUUACUAUAUAUGCCACAUAUAAGCACACUCAUUUUUCCUUAAACGCCGCCCCCCAAAAAAAAACGCUAAGCAAGGGAUUCCUGUGAUCUGUCCUGGGAACUAUGUGCAUAAUCUAUGGGUAUUAUUUUGUAAGCUUGAUUGUGAUGGGGUCCCACUAGUUUAUUUUACAAAUGUUGCUUAUUUCAACGUUAUAUAUGUGUUGUUUGGAUGUAUUACGAGUUAAUAGACGGAUAAACGCAGAAACGCAGGUUGUACAAGAAGCUGGCUAGGUUUAGUUUAAAUUGAUCUGUUGAUUUCCUGCAACUCACAUUUGUUUACAUGCCUUUGAUUAAUAAUUAACUACUACUGAUUAACUAUUACCAAUUAUCCAUUACCAUUAUCAAUUACCCAAUACCAUUUACCAAUUACCGAUACCAAAUAUCACACAUGCAUUCGUAGACUGAUAGCAGACUUAGUAGCGAUAAACAAAUAUGUAUCUGCAUAUAUGCAAUACUUACUAACCAAUAUCCGACAUUCGAUUUGUACGCAAAUGCAUACGCUGAAUACAAUAAAAUGUAUUAUACCACCUA